UAAGGCUCUGUGGGCCCGGGGUGUGGGGGGGAGGGAAGGAAAAUGGGGGAUGCCGCAGACGUCAAGGAAAUGAGAAAGACGUUCAUUGUCCCUGCCAUCAAACCCUUUGACCAUUACGACUUCAACAGAGCGAAAAUCGCGUGUAAUCUAGCGUGGCUGGUGGCCAAAGCCUUCGGGACAGAAAAUGUACCAGAGGAUCUUCGAGAACCAUUUUAUACGGAUCAGUAUGACCAGGAACAUAUUAAACCUCCUGUUGUUAAAUCGCUGCUAUCUGCUGAAUUCUACUGUCGUGCUGGGAGUCUUAUUCUCAAGAGUGAUGCUGCCAAACCGCUCCUGGGCCAUGAUGCAGUUAUCCAAGCCUUGGCACAAAAAGGCCUCUAUGUCACUGACCAAGAGAAGCUAGUAACGGAGAGAGACUUGCACAAAAAACCCAUUCAGAUGAGUGCUCAUUUGGCAAUGAUUGACACCCUUAUGAUGGCGUAUACAGUCGAAAUGAUCAGUGUUGAAAAGGUGAUUGCAUGUGUGCAGCAGUAUUCUUCCUUCUUCCAAGCUACCGAUCUGCCCUAUGACAUAGAAGAUGCUGUCAUGUUCUGGAUAAAUAAAGUAAACGAACACCUAAAAGACAUAAUGGAGCAGGAGCAAAAACUCAAAGAACAUCAUAGUGUGGAAACUCCAGGAGGUCAAAAGUCUCCUUCCAAAUGGUUUUGGAAACUGGUUCCUGCUCGUUACAGGAAGGAACAAACCCUACUUAAGCAGCUGCCCUGUAUCCCAUUGGUGGAAAAUCUGCUGAAGGAUGGCACAGAUGGCUGUGCUUUAGCUGCCCUGAUCCAUUUUUAUUGCCCAGAUACAGUCAGAUUGGAGGAUAUAUGUUUUAAAGAAACCAUGUCACUGGCUGACAGCUUGUAUAAUCUGCAACUGAUACAGGAAUUUUGCCAGGAGUACUUGAACCGAUGUUGCCAUUUUACACUUGAGGAUAUGCUCUACGCUGCAUCUUCAGUGAAGAGCAAUUAUUUGGUGUUCAUGGCAGAGCUCUUCUGGUGGUUUGAAGUAGUGAAGCCAUCAUUUGUCCAGCCUCGAGUUGUAGUUCAUCCUCAAGCUGACGUUGCAAAAGAAGCAUCCUCUGUUCUUGCUGCCAAUGCCAAUAGAAGAAACUAUCCAGAAGUUUCACACGAUUCUGACCUGAUAGCCAGUGUGGAGUGCCCAGCUUUCCCACCAUCUCAUCAGAUUCCAGCUGCUAGCCAUGCACACCAACAGCCUUUUACACCUGCUCCAGGCGGCAUUAGACGAUCUACAUCUAUGUCUUAUAUGGAUGGAUACGUAGGGACAUGGCCCAAAGAAAAGAGAUCUUCAGCACAUGGUGUUUCAUUUGACAUUUCUUUUGAUAAAGAGGAUAGCAUCCGUGAGACUCCAAACAGAGGAAUGACUAGAUCUCUCAGCAAUGAAGGCAUUGCGCAAAAUACCAGCCGUAUGCCCAGACUUGUUAGAAAGAACCUGUCCUUCAAGCCUGUGAAUGGUGAAGAGGAAAGUGAAGAUAUUGAAGAAGAAAAGGAUAUGGAAUUUUGCAGUGAUCUAGAGGCCGACAGCAAUCAAAGGAAUGCGAACCAGAUUAGCCCAUACAGCCUGCCCAAUGGAGCGCUUCAAAACAGGUUGGUUACCGAUGAAUUUGGCAAUCGGAUUGAUACACCAAGCAUUGAGCAGGCUUUGCAGAUUAUCCACGAUAGUGAGAAAUCUCCCAGCGUUACUCAGCCAGAGCAAAUUACAAAUGGGUUUUUCCUUCACAACAAGGAGAUGAGCAUCCUGAAUUCAAAUAUUAAACCCAACCAGAGUAAUCCCGAUAUUACUGCAGAUACAAAAGGUGCUCUCAGUCCCAUGACUGACAAUACAGAAAUAGAUACUGGAAUACAUGUCCCUUCAGAUAUCCCAGAGACUAUGGAUGAGGAUUCAACCUUGAGGGACUAUACUGUAAGCCUGGACUCUGAUAUGGAAGAACCAUCUCGAUUCCUUCAAGAAUUUGAUAGCAGAGGCAUCAACCAUAAGGAACAAUUGAGCCCUUGUCCAAGCUCAGUAAGUGCCAAAUCACAAGCAGGCAGUAGUGCAUCCUCAAGUUCAGGUGUUAAAAUGACCAGCUUUGCAGAGCAGAAAUUUAAGAAGCUGAAUCAUACAGACAGCAGAAGUAGUGGCAGCAGUUCUCAGAAAACUACACCAGAAGGUUCUGAGCUGAACAUUCCUCACAUGGUUUCUUGGGCUCAAAUACCUGAGGAAUCUCCUCUCCCUCAGGCAAGAGAUACCACACAGUUACUGGCGUCUGAAAUGGUGCAACUGAAAAUGAAGCUGGAAGAGAAGAGACGAGCAAUUGAAGCCCAGAAGAAGAAGGUUGAGGCUGCUUUCACGAAGCAGAGACAAAAAAUGGGAAGGACGGCAUUCCUUAACAUUGUGAAAAAGAAAGGUGACGGAAUUUCACCACUUAGAGAAGAGGCAGCUGGAGCAGAGGAUGAGAAAGUGUUCACUGACAGCAGUAGGCCGAAAGAAAAAGAUGCCCAAAAGCCAUGUGAGCAACUAAACAAGGCCACAGAGGCAAUUAAAGCAAGCAAUGAAAAUCCUCAUGUGAAAUGGCUGAAGUCCCCAAACACACCGGUUGAUAUAGAAAAGCAAUGCAAUUUGGUGAGCCCCUCAGAAGAAAACUUAAAUGACAGUGACCUUCUGGAAUAUACAAAAUCUAUUGAGAAACUCAAUUCUUCUCUGCAUUUCCUGCAGCAAGAAAUGCAACGCCUCUCACUUCAGCAAGAGAUGCUAAUGCAGAUGAGGGAGCAACAGGCUUGGGUUAUUUCACCACCUCAGCCUUCUCCUCAGAAGCAGGUUCAGGAGCUGAAGCCUUCAUUAAGGUUUGCAGGAUCACCCGUUCCUGUUGCCCCAUUUUCAGUGGAAUCUCCCCGAUCUUCCCACCAGUCCCCACAGUCAUCCUCUAGGAAGAAUUCCACUCUCCCCAGUAAAAUGCAAAGGACUCCUAGGCCAAAUGAACUGAAAAUAGCACCUUUGAAUCGCACUUUGACUGCACCGCGAUCUGUGGACAGCCUUCCUCGCUUGAGAAGAUUUUCUCCAAGUCAGGCAUCAAUUCAGACUAGAUCCUUUGUUUGUUUUGGAGAUGAUGGUGAACGUAACCGCUUGAAGAUCAAAAAUACAACAGGAGAGGCUGACAAAGAAACAGCAGGUGAGAAAGAAGCAGAACAGGCAGAAAAGGAAAAGCCAGAGGAACAACCAGCCAGGCCUCUGGAAUCUACAGUGUCUGAAGUACUUUCACAGCCCAUUACGGAAACUGUCUGCCUUACCCCAAAUGAAGAGGUGCUGAACCUACCAGGAUUCCCAGAACCUGCAUCCAAAACUGUUAACCUCAUAGAAGUUUCCCUCACAGAUUUGAAGCCACCAGAAAAGUCAGAAGAGUCUGUUGAGAAAUCAGAGGGUGAUAGUGACAAGGAACAAUUGGAAGAUGACCAAAAAGUGUGCUGUGGAUUCUUUUUCAAGGAUGAUCAAAAGGCUGAAAACGAAAUGGCAGUGAAGCGGGCGGCAUUACUGGAGAAGCGAUUGAGAAGGGAAAGAGAAACUUUACUUCGGAAGCAGCAACUGGAAGCAGAGUUGGAAUAUAAGAAAGAAGAAACAAAGAGGAAGUCUGAGGAAGAACGUCAGAAGAAGGAAGAUGAAAGAGCACGUCGAGAGUUUAUUAAGCAAGAAUAUAUAAGGCGGAAGCAGCUGAAACUGAUGGAAGAUAUGGACAUUGUCAUAAAGCCUCGCCUCCACAUGUCCAAACAAAAGAAACCACGUCCAAAAUCCAUUCACAGAGAUCAUAUUGAGUCACCUAAAACUCCAAUCAAAGGUCCUCCAGUAUCUAGCCUUUCGUUGGCAUCAUUGAACACCGGAGACGACAGUGUGCAAUCGGGCAAGAGAACGCCAAGGUCUGAAUCUGUGGAAGGAUUCAUAUCUCCAAGUCGUUGCGGAAGUCGUAAUGGAGAAAAGGAUUGGGAAAAUGCAUCAACAACCUCUUCUGUGGCUUCUGCUACAGAAUAUACAGGACCAAAGCUGUACAAAGAACCCAGUGCAAAAUCUAACAAACAUAUAAUCCAAAAUGCCUUGGCUCAUUGUUGCUUGGCUGGAAAAGUAAACGAAGGUCAGAAGAAUAAAAUACUAGAGGAAAUGGAGAAAUCAGAUGCCAACAACUUCCUUAUCCUUUUCCGGGACUCAGGCUGCCAGUUCCGCUCUUUGUACACGUACUGCCCUGAGACAGAAGAAAUCAGUAAGUUGACUGGAAUAGGCCCCAAGUCCAUCAGUAAGAAGAUGAUUGAGGGGCUCUAUAAGUACAACUCUGACAGGAAGCAGUUCAGCCACAUACCUGCUAAAACGCUCUCUGCCAGUGUCGACGCUAUUACCAUCCACAGCCAUUUGUGGCAGAGCAAGAGACCAGUAACACCGAAAAAACUCUUACCUACAAAGGCAUAGUAACUCGGAGGGGGGUAGGGUACUUUGCCACACCUGUGGCAAACUUGCACUUCGUAUUUGCUGCCUAUUAGAAAAUAGGUUCUUAUUUGCCAACAAGAUUUCUUUGAACUCAGAUCUGAAGAAAAAAGCUCUGUCAUCAUGCACAACUGGAAUGUAAACACAGUAUUGAAGACUUGCAGAAAACUGACACUUAAGUGAUUAUGCAUUCGUGUGCUCAUGAAAGACUGAGUCAGAGUGGAGAUGGGUAUGUGCUCACAGUUUAUAGGGUUCAUUUCCUCUCGUUUUUAAAACACUGAAUUAUUGAAUGUUUGCAAAUCUGUAGUGACUGAAAUUAAAGUAUAUUAUUAAAUUCAUUGCCUUAUA